AUGAGCUCAGGGGGGAAGCAAAGACCACCUGUCCCAUGCCCAGUGGGACACUACUGCCCUCCAGGUACCAAACAUCCAUUGCAGUACAAGUGCGCCCCUGGCACAUGGAGCAACAGGACAAGUCUAGCCACAGAAAAAGAGUGUGCACCAUGUCCACCAGGGUGGUUUUGUCUGGCAGGAGCCAACGUUCCAUCUGGAAAGUGCAGCACUGGACAUUUUUGCCCAGAAGGAAGUCAAACAAGUACUCAGUUUCCAUGCCCAGCAGGAACAUACAGCAGCAGACAUGGGAAUGGGAAGGUGGAGGACUGCAUUCCCUGUCCAAAGGGAGCCUAUUGUCCCAAGGCCACCAUCAAACCCGGAUUCUGUCCACUAGGGACGUAUCGUUCAGAGCAAGGAGCAACAUCAGCUGAGGAUUGUACACUGUGCCCAGGGGGGUACCAAUGUCCCAAGAUGGGUACAGUUGCACCUCACCUGUGUGGACCUGGCACAUUUUCAGAACCUGGAUCUACGUUCUGCUCUUCCUGCCUUGUUGGGCAUUUUUGUGCAGACAUGAAUACCAGCCGGGAGAUAAUGUUGGAUCAGAUGGUCUGUCCAGCUGGUUUGCUUUGCCCUGGAGGACUGGCAGCUGUUCCCAAGGCUGAAGAGCACGCUUGUCCAAGAGGCUACUACUGCCCACCAGGCAACGUGUAUCCUCAUGCAAAGCCAUGUCCUAAUGGGACUUAUGGGAAUCAAAGAGGGUUAAACAAAGCAGAGCAAUGCUUGCUAUGUCCUAUGGGCAAAUAUUGUUAUGAAGAAGGACAAGAACCCCCUGGAAUAUCCCAAAUUGUGAGUACCUGA